UAUAUUAUCUAGCUACGUCACUUCUAGAUCUCAAUCUUUUCCCCCUCUUGGCUCUACCUCUGUAUCCUAAGAGUACGGUCAAUCAGUUUCUUCUUGCUAAUUCCAACAUCUUUAUCAAAAUGUCGGACGCCGGUGGAAAUGACGAAUCGCAAUCCAAGCCACAUCUGGAGGCACAGAUGAGAGAACGCAUAUCACGCCCUGGAAACUCUUCAGACCACCACGAUUCUCCGCCUUCCCCACUCAUCAAUGCCGACCGACGGCCUAUGUCUAGCGAUGGAGAGGAUGACAACAACUAUUUUAGUGGCCCUCGCGAUCUUCAAAAGCACUCCAAAUGGCCCCUGAUGCUACAGCUGCACGGCUCCAUCAUGCCGUCACUCAUCCUUCCGCUCUUGCUUGUGGCAUGCUGGGCAACUGCCAUUACCGUCAUCUCCAAAAAGGUCCAUGACCUAAGUGUCAAUUCUGUUCUGCUCACUAUUCUCGGUUUCGUUGUUGGUCUGAGCCUUUCAUUCCGAUCGUCUACAGCCUAUGAACGCUAUGCUGAGGGUCGUCGAUACUGGGGAACGCUGGCUACUGCUUCCCAGACUCUUGGCCGUGUUAUCUGGAUUCAUGCUGAUGAUGUCGGUGCUGGCGGCCAAGACCCCCGCGAACUUCUGAUUAAGAAGCUUGGGGCCUUGAAACUUAUUGCCGGCUACGCUGUUGCUCUCAAACACACCCUCCGCUUCGAACACUGCGCUAGUCAACCUGACAUGCAACCCUAUAUCGCACACCUCAAUACGUUCGCUGGCAGGACAACUGCGCCGACGAAGCGGGUCACCAACUUUAGCAAGAUUGCCGGCGAGUAUCUUGGGCUCUCCUUUGCUCAAAGUGAUCCCCGAAAGCAUCUCAAGAGAGCCAGUGAGCAUCAAGGAAACCUUCCUCUCGAGAUCUUGAAUCACCUCGCGAUAACUCUCGACUGUAUUAUCGCCAAUAAACAGCUACCAGUCUCAAUCCACCAGACUAUCGCUUACAAUCACAUCACCACUCUUAACGAUGUUGCAGUUGGAUGCGAUCGUGUCCUUAACACCCCUUUACCUGUCGCAUAUACUAUUGCUAUCAGUCAGAUUACCUUUGUAUAUGUUAUGCUCUUGCCAUUCCAGUUGACUGGCCCUCUUGGCUGGAUUGCUAUUCCGGCUACGAUCACGGCGGCUUAUAUCAUCUUCGGCUUGUUAUUUAUUGGCCAAGAAAUCGAAAAUCCUUUUGGCCGCGAUGUUAAUGAUCUGCCUCUUGAUGUCUUUUGCGAGCAGAUCAUAAACGACUUAGACAUCACUGCCUCCUUUGACCGGCGCGAGUCUGACCGCUUUUUACUCGGAGCAGCGCCAUUACACCCUGUCAGCUGUGCCGUGGGCCAUACGUGGAUGGAUCAUAGCGAGGAAAAGCUCAGAGAGUCAAUCAGAAACAAGCCUCAUGUUCUGUUUAAUCGGCGGCGCCAGGGUGUUGCUAGGUCAUCUGCUCGAGAUAACGAGACUAAGGAAGUGGACAGAGAAGUGGUUUAAUGUGGUAGAGUGUGCUAAGGUUGGUGGGAGUUCUUCGAGAUAGGCAAAAUGAGAUAUUAUGUACAAUCUGCUAGAUAAAUCUUUCUAUUCCACGGAGUCUUUGGGAAGUCAUUCUAAAAUAAAUGUCUCACGGGCAUUGAAUAAACCUUUCAUUUUCUAGAGAUGGUAGGGAGUCAAUAGCAUGUGAGAGGCGCCGUCACAGUUGUUAUCUGUGGAAGGUCGUUUAUCUGGCGUUGCCAUCAGGUUGCACGGUCGCAGAAGUCUCCGUGUUGGGUCGUGGGUAAGCUUAGGGGAAAGUUUUCAUCUUGGGAUUCUACGUGACGCUGUUUCAACUCUGGGAGUAUUAUGGUAGCUGUAAGAAUAGACUUCUGAUUGUCGGUGGUGGAUUCGAAG